UCUUAUUUCAAAUUCAAACCCCUCUCUGUCUCCCAUCCCUCCUCUUUUUCUAUCUCUAGAUUUGCAUCAAUUCAACUCCCAACUCCCAACCCAAGCUUCACACACCUAACCAAAAUGCAAGCCCUCCAGCAUCAUCCACUCGCCGGAGACCACAUUCUCCGGCCCAAAAGCGGCCGGACGCCUCUCAAGCCUGUGAACUCUCCAGCAACUCCGGUCAAUAUUGUUACAAAGGCAAAGCCACCAGCACAAGAAUGUAUCAGCAUCUCUCUGUUGGGCCCCUCGAACAAGGAGAACGGGCCGGUUUAUGCGGCUCAGAUGAUCGAAACUGCGGCCAUGGACGCUUCUUUGGCGGAGGAGCUGAGUGCGAUGAGGAAGAAGCUGGAGAGGAUAAGACUGGAUAGAGAGAGAACAGAGAAGAUGCUCGAGGAAAGGGAUGCAAUGCUGGAUUUGCAGAUGAAGGAGAUAGAAAACAGAGGUCAAAUCCAGAAGAUGGUUGAGAUUGAUGUUGAUAGGGUGUUCAGAUUGAAUCAGCUCCAUUCUCAAUCCAUUAGAUUUUCUCCGAUUCGGUCUCUGAGAGAAAAGGAGCAGCAAAAGAAGGCCGCUGGAUCACCAGCAGUUAAGAUAGUGAAUUUUGAAGAGAUGGAGGAAUCAGUAGGUGAAAACACACCACAGAAGCUGAGUUCUGCUUCAAUUGAUUCCGAAAGUGUUACAGCAAGGGAUACUGUGAUUACCAAAUCUGUUUGAUUCCUCUCGAAAGUGUAGCAAUUUGAUGAAUUUUGAGAAAGACAAUAGUAUAAUACCUCAUUAUUAUGCCCCUGUUUAUGAAAUUCGAAAUUAAAGUUCAUUGU